AUGGAAAAGAAAAGCAUCAGUGAUACAUGCGGUGAAAUUCAUGCAAAUCAUGAGGGCAACUGUGCUAUGAGUGUAACACUUGGCUACUCUCGUGUUACUGGAAAGAAUUAUGACACUCUUCUUGCUCAAUGCAAGGGAUAUGGUGGAGGACAUGCACCAGAAGGGUAUUGUGGUGCCUUGUAUGCUGCCAUGCAAAUAGCUGGCCCAGAAAAAGAGGAAGAAGUGAAGAAGAAAUUUAUGGAAACAUCAAAGGGUUGUAUUAAGUGUAAAGAGAUCAGAGGCGGCAAUAUCAUCCCGUGUAACACUUGUGUAAGAACUGCUGCUGCGGCCAUUGAAGAUUUAUAA